CGAUACAUUUGGAUAUGAUUCCUCAGAGAUGCCUUCCGGGCUAAAAGGACAAGGCCCAAGAAAACCACUAAUUGUUGUAAUAGGACCUAAUUAUCAAUCAAGAAGUUCAGAUGAAGUAAUACAAGUCUACUCAUCAUCAAUAGAAUAUGAAGAUUCUACUAGAAACUACAGAUUCGAUAAAGUGAAGACUGCAAACAAUAUUUAUGAUACUUUAUUGGGGGGUAAAACAAACGAUGAUAAUAAUAUGUUGAGAGAUGGUCAAGUAGACGAAAAUUCAGAGGAACAAAUAGAAAAGGAAAUAAUGAUAGCAGAGGCACUUCGUUCCCGAUGCCAAGCUAUUGUUGAAUGUGAAGAAAAGUGUCCUGAUGAUGAACCGAAAAAGAAACCAAAAAAGAAGAAGAAUUCGUGUUCUGAAUCUAACGAUGAAUGUGAUGCUACUACAGAAAAAUGUUCAGAGAGUUGUGAAACGCCUAAACCGAAACAAGAAAAGUACUGUCCAAAAAGCUGCAAGGCUGUCUUUGAUCAUCUAAUAAAUUGUCCUCCACCAGGCAAUCAGAAGAAGAAGAAAGAAAAUAAGAAGAAAAAGGGUUGUGGCCCCGCUACGGGAAAGACUAUGCCGCCAAAUUGGAAGACUGGUUCUGAAGAUGAAUGCGAUUAA